GUCUUCACUGCCACAUUUGCAAGCUGCCACUACUUCAGAAGCUCCUUGUUCGGCUGCAGCUUCAUAUCUUCCUCUCGCUCCUCUCUCCCGUCGAAGCCUCGCGUUAUUGACUAUGGAAGGUCUGUUGUUCAACGUCAACGGGGGCUAUUUGGAGGGUAUAGUUCGUGGCUACCGCAAUGCGCUGCUAACAAGCACGAAUUACGGCAACCUCACGCAGUGCGAAACGAUCGAAGACGUCAAGACGCAGCUCGGUCCAGCCUACGGCGAGGCGCUCUCAAAUCUUCCCCCAAACCCCUCGACAUCGGCCCUAGCAAGCAAAACCACAGAGAAACUCGUCUCCGACUUCAGAUAUCUCCAAGGGCAGGCGACCGGAUCUUUGGCAAAAUUCAUGGAAUACCUGACGUACUCCUACAUGAUUGACAAUGUGGCCCUCCUCAUCACUGGGACAUUACACGAAAGAGACACCAAAGAAUUAUUGGAGAGAUGCCACCCGCUGGGCUGGUUCGAGACAAUGCCAGUGCUUUGCGUGGCAACCAACAUCGAGGAACUCUAUAACUCAGUCCUUAUCGAAACUCCUCUGGCUCCAUAUUUCAAAGGGAGUUUGAGUCAUCAGGAUCUGGACGAACUUAAUAUCGAGAUUGUCCGGAACACCUUGUACAAGAACUACCUGGAGGAUUUCCACAACUUCGUAAACACAGAUCCUGAUAUGGCCAUGACUCCCACGGGAGAAAUCAUGUCAGAAAUCCUCGAAUUUGAAGCCGAUCGACGAGCUAUCAACAUCACCAUCAACUCCUUCGGAACUGAGCUGACCAAGGAGCAGAGGAAGAAGCUCUAUCCCGAAUUCGGAAAAUUAUAUCCGGAGGGAAUGCUCAUGCUCUCGAGGGCAGACGACCUAGAGGGUGUUGGCCUUGCAGUCAGCGGCGUGGGUGACUACAAGCGAUUUUUCGAUGAGGUCGGUUUCAACCAAAGCAGCGGUGUGGGGGCCGGCAAUAUGGCUGGAGGUACGGGUGGUGAAUCCAAGUCUCUGGAGGACAUGUUUUACCAGAAGGAGAUGGAGCUCUCCAAGAUGGUUUUCACUCGACAGUUUACCCAUGCAGUUAUAUAUGCAUGGGUCAAGUUACGGGAGCAGGAAAUCCGAAACAUCACUUGGAUCGCUGAAUGCAUUGCUCAAAAUCAAAAGGAGAGGAUAGGGAACUACAUCAGUGUGUUCUAACAAGGGUUAGGUUCGGUGUCACGUGGACAGCACGGCGUUCGGUAGAAGGGGGUCUGCCUUCGCGGCCUACCAGCUUGAUAGCUCCAGACCUAAUGAACAACAUCUUCAACAACAGCUCAACACAGAUCCUCCCAGCUUGUUGCGACGAUAAAACGACCCAAAAACUCUCAGGAGGAAGGUACGUCUACGUUGAGAGCUCCUGGCUACCUUCCGUCCAGAUAAGUCAGAGCGUGGCUGCCUGAGGAGAAAUUAUCAACAGUUCACACCAACUGAAGCGAACGUUCAUCCCAUGAAGUGAUUUCCCGACCAUACCCCGUGAAAAUCAUCGAUAUCGACAACAUCGGCGGUUCUUCCUCUCGUUACUAGCGUCAUCGCUACCUUUGCCUGUUACCCAGCUUAUCUCGAAGCUCAAUUAGACACUCACUUAUUCUUUUAAUCUCUCUGCAUCAUUCAAAGUUAUCAGAACCAUCAUGUCGGAGUCGCAGAUCGGUACAAUAGACCUGAGCAAGGCUCGAAAUCCUACGCCGGAACCGAUCUCGUCAUCGACAACCUUCCUGGACGAGACCGAUCCCUCGCACUGUUCUUCCGAAUCUGUCCUUUGGGGGUCUCCUCUUAAGCGAAUAGAUUCAGGAUUUUUUGAGGGAAUCUGUCAGACAGAAGAGAAAGCAGAGCCGUUGGCUUGUGUCAAGGACGAGAGCAGCUGGAGAUCCCGAUCCUCAACCCCCAAAUCUCACACUGGCUAUUGCAAGGUACCAAAACGGUUACGACACGCCAUUCAACCAAACUUCUGGGACUCCAACGCUUUCUUUCCGCCGGCCUACGACGGCUAUCUCCACCCAGACGUUUCUAAUGAUCAACGAAUUGCCGCACUCUGUUCGCAUGCAGCCGGCCCAAGUCAAAAUAUGGAGGUUGUCAGGUACAGAAGAGCGUUUUCCGCCAGCGGGAUCGAGGGGUCGACAUUCAAGACAUCCCAACUCUAUGGUCGUGAUGCCCCCGAUGUAAAAGCUUGCUUCCGACAAUGGGCAGCCGAAAGAAGUGCUAUACGUCAACGUGAAGCACGCGCGAAGUCAAAAUUGAAGGAAAAGAAAAGUAAGGCGCAUGGAGGACUUUUGACUAGCUUGCAAAAACGCAUCUAUCGCCCGGAGGGAUGCCCAGGAAUCCUCCAUUGUCGAGUCAACAAGCCACCGCGUGUAGACAGGCUGUUAUUUGCCAGCUACAUGAAAGCAUUCUUGGCCUGGGAUACCGCCAUGUCAAAAUCCGUACCAGGCUAUGCUGACAACUAUCACAAGAGGCAUUGGUACAUAUCUCAAUGGGAUGAACCAAGUCUGAUGUGACGGCUUGUCUGUUACCAGAUCAAGAACAAGACAUUCGACUUGAAGGAAAUGAAAAGGAGUCUUUUGUACAUGAUGUGAGACCGCCAAGCUUGGUGAAGAUCGCUGGUAUGUCGCCAGGAGAUGUUAUUCUCGUGAAUAUUGAUUCGGUCAAUGUUGAGUUACAUCCGUUGUUUGUAAAGAAUCCAUGACAUCGUCCAACUUGA